CCUACUUAUUAUUGACGCUAACGUGGGAAACAUUAUAUAUACAUACAGUCAGCGUCAAAAGAAAGUGUACACCCUUUUCUCAUACAAUUAUGUAUAUAUUAUAUAUAUUAUUUCGACAAUGGGUAGGAAAACAUUACCUGAUAGAGAUAAAUUUUAAGUAGGAAGGAAAACCUUUACGUGAAAUUGCUUCAAUAAUUGGAAGAAGUCAUAAUGCAGUAAAAAAAAUCAUUGAUAAGCAAAAAAUGUUUGGUGAAAUAGAAGAUCGACUACGUUCGGGUAGACCAAAACGGAUUAAUAAUACUAAAAUACGGUCAGUUGUGAGAGCUGCGAAGAUAGAUCCAAUUGUGUGUGUCGUCAAAUUAUCGGAAGAAAUGUUCAGAAUAUCCGGACUGAAUUGAAUGUUAGUGCUAGCACUAUCAGACAAGCAUUGCAUUCUAAUGGCCUGUAUGGGCAGGUACCGAUGAAAAAACCUCUUAUCUCGACGCCGAAGCAAAAGCGGCGAUUGGAAUUUGCGGAAAAAUAUAAAAUUAAGGGCAAAUCGUUUUGGAAUAAAGUCAUUUUUUCUGACGAAAGCAGUAUUUCGCCGGAAGUAGUGUCCAACUUAGUGGAAUCAAUGCCAAGUAGGUUGGAAGCAGUUAUCAGUUCAAAGGGAAGACAGACGAAGUAUUAGCUUAUGAAUUUCUUAAUUAUUCCCAAAAUGGUCACUUUUUUGACGCAUAAAAUAUUGAGUAUAUUUGGUUUUGUAUGUGUUGUUUUUGUUCUUAUAGAAUUAUCUUUGGAUUGUUGCUAAUUUCUUGUAAGAACAAUAUUUCAACAUUUAUAAAUAAUAAAUGAUUCAAAAAAUUCUAAUUUUUUUACACCGAAAUAAAGAGUGAAAUGUAUGAUGAAAAAGGGUACACUUUCUUUUAGCGUUGACUGUACUUAUAACGCUUUGCAAUAAUCCUCCAUCAUUUAGUGUACGUAAAAUGAAACAAUCGGCCUAUUUGAUAUUUUCUUAAGAAACUCUCACUAUUUUCGAAAGUUACUAUAGUAACUUAGACACUAGAAUGUGUUUCCAAAUCGUCUGAUAACUCUAAGGAUUUCUAAUAUGAAUAUACUUACAAAUAUGUGUAUACAAACAUACCGUAUAUUUAUACAUGCACUACUUCCCGAACUCAUUUCUAUAUACAUACGAGUCACAAAGUCAAAAGAAUACCAUCCACUUACCCUCCAUUUCCUACUUAUUUACAAUACUUUAUUUUCUUUCUUUUCAUACUACGUUCUACCGCCGCUUUGUCUAGUUGGUUUUCUUUCACAGUUAUGUGUAGCGAAUAUUAAAUGAAUUGGUCACUUUAGAUAUACGUUUUUUAUAUUAACUAAAAAAAAAUAAAAAUGGCUGAUUUUGAUAUAAAAUUUAAGGAAAUGCAGAAAUAUCUGCCAUUUCUACAAAAUGUCAUCGAAAAACUGCGAAGCAGCUCUGAACAAAAUGAUGAUAAUCCGCGCAAGGCGCAAUUAAAAAAAAUGGAGGUGCUGUACGAUCUACUAAAGAGUAAUGGAAAAAAGUUAAAAAUGGAGACGUUACUAAAAUGUGAAGGAUUAUUAAUUAAACUGCAUAGCAAAAUGGAGAGGAUACCGUUUUUGCAGAGUGAAAAUGAUACUUCCAAACCAACAAAUCAAACUUCCAACUUAAACAACACAACAAAAACAAUGUCUAAUAAUGAAGUGCCAAGUAAAACGAAAGUAAAUGAGACUAGUGUUGAAAUCGUUGAUAUAACAGGACCAGAGAGUCCACCACCGCAACCGUUGGAGGAAGUGCCACCGGUAGAGAUACCAAUAGAGCGGCGUGGUUCACCUGUUGAUGAAAUUAAAUCAAGAAAUUCAGAACAACGUGAUAAACACAAGCAUAGUUCGAAACAUGAACGACAUCAACAUCAACAUCAACAUCAAUAUAACCAUCAUCAUCAUCCUCAUCCUCAUCCUCAUCAGAGUACGCAGCAGCAGCCGCAUAAUAAAAUGCAUUAUGAACGCCAUCAAAGUCAACACAAUUCACGUGAACGACAUCAACAACAAAAUAUAAAUCAAAAUAGACCAGGUGAUAGAAGCAGAGAUCAAUCGCAUGAUUCUCUAAAUGUUUUCAUGAUGCGUAAUGUGAGCAUGAGCAAUACGAAUGAUGAUAAGCAACCGGUUAAUCGUGAUCCACGCGCCUCUCAAGCAGACAUUUACUCACCUGAAGAAAGUUGGGACGAUAUAGAAAGUAGUCAGCCGUCAAGCAGUAACUCAAAUCGCGCAACGAUUUCAGCUAGUCCUGCUUCGCCUCCUACUAUUGAAGAUCGCACUUUUCACGAUACCAUUUUCAAUUUCAAGAAGAAAUUGACGAAAUCAAAUGAAAUGUUUUCACGUGUACGUACUCCUGCACAGCCUGCCACGCCUACCAACAGAGCUGCGCCGCCCAUUUCCAUACCUGUUAAAGUGCCUACAAUACCGGAUGUGUUGAAAAGUCCACCAUUGUCGGCUAGUGAUAUCUCAGACUUAUUAAAUGAUACUGACAGUGGUAAGAGCGUGCCAAGUAUCUCAGAAAUCGGUACCCGUCGUUCAGUAAAAAGCACAACCAAUAAUACGCCUGGCCCUAUAUCACCCGCAGAAGCAGCAUCACUUGAUAAAGCGCGCAAAAAGUUUGCGAUUGUUACACAAAACUCUCCACAGCUACGAGGUAGUCCGGACACACUUAAAUCACCCCUAACAAGCACGCCCAAAGAUUUGCGUCCAUCAUCAUCAUCACCUUUACCUAAUGAACGCAUAGCUUUAAAAUAUAAUCCGCACCCGCGUACGGAACGAAACGUAAAACCACACAAUAGUAAUAGUAAUAACACACAACCUACACAAAUUGCUGAUCCACGCUUAAAUUUAAACCGUCUGAAUAGUAUCACAAAUAAACCCGCUGUGCCGAGCACGGUGCCACAAGAUCCCAGAUUGCGAAAAGUUACACCCACAACUGUUUCGCCAAGUUGGAAUCAGCAACCGAAAACAGAGUUACAAAAGCCCGUUUCCACGACAGCAUCUAAAUCAUCUGUGAAGACAUCACAUAUACCUAGUUUAUUAGAGGUUAAGGUGAUAGAUCCACGUACUUUGCAAAAUGCCGGGUUUUCCAAUACGCCAAUGGUUUCGGCACAACAAAUGCUAAACAAAAUGCCAACAAAUCAAUCACAAGUGGGAAUAUUUUCGCGAAGAAACUAUCCAGCGAAAGUAGCUGUACCCCCAGCCUAUGGCGGUGUGCCAGCACCACCAGCACCACCACCACCUACAGUACAAAGAAGUAAAAGUGGGUACAGCAGUGAAGAAAACUGGGACUCCGAACCGGAUGAGCCAGUGGCACCCAAAGUUAUACAGCAAGCAGCUCAAUCUUCCUUUGCCCGACCCUUUUUAGAUACAGCUACAAGAAAAGAUACUCCGUUAGAAACUAGUUUUCGACCUACAAAGCCUCCACUACUACCUACACCAAAAUUUGGGCGUCCAAACAGUGGUAUGGGUAUACCACCAACGCAUGUAAAGGCACCACAUUUCCAACAAAUGCCCAAAAGUGCACCUCAAAAUCCCAAUCACUGUAAAUUUAGCGCCGUACUUAAUGAUAAAACCGAGCGUUCGAAAUAUUUCGAAUCGAAAAAGCAGAAGAAGAGUGAGCCGCGUACAUAUAUGGAAUAUAAGCAAGCUAAAGCGCGUGCUGCAGCAGAAGAGGCGGCUAGAAAAGCCGCCGAAGAGAAAGCUAAGGGUACAGCUGAAACUAGUAAGGAUAUUGGUGAAGUGAGUGACGUGGAUAAUUCUGUAUUAGCUAAGCUCGCAGAACACCCGCCGGUAACUUCGACAUUAGAUAAAUUAUAUCGAAGCACCGACUUUAGUGGCUGUGAAUUCCCCAAAGCUAAAACAAGUUUUAAAAUACCAAGAAAAGUUACUGAAAAAGCGGUUGAGGAAAACGAGCCCGCGCCAAAGGCUGUUACCGCUGAUGAUGUUGAGAAAACAGAAAAUGCUAAAGUAAACAAAAAUGAGGAACUACUUGAAGAGAAAUCUCAAAAAGACCUUAAAAAGCCUGCAACCAUGGAUAAAAACAAAACGUUAGAUAAACAAUUGCCAAACGAAAAUGAAAAGAAGAAGAACGAUGAUAAGGUGCAAGUACCAAAGAAAGCACAAGAGCUUACUACCGAGAAGAAAGAAACCACCAAAUCAAUUAACAAAGACAGUGCGAAAAAAGAAUGUCAAGAAACAAACAACAAGAAAAGCUCCGACAAUGAGAAGAAAAAGAUCUUAAACAAAACACAAGCUGGCAAUAAACGUAGCUUGCCGGUUAAAACAAAAGCAGGAAAAGAGCUCGAAACUGAGCACAAGCCAACACAGAAUAAGCCUGCAACUGUCGCUUCAACCAUUGACAUGAAUCCAACCCUGGAUAGUGAAGCAAAUUCAGCUCCCAGUACCGCGGCAGCAAGCGUUACAGUUGAGACUGAAAAAACGGCAGCAACUCCAGCUGGGGUUGAAGCCAAACCUGUAGUUGAAGCUCAAGCAGCCGUCGCUGCAGACGCAAAAGACAAAGCCUCUGUUGAGAGCGUAGUGCAAAAGUCGGUUACCAUAUGUGCGGGAGAAACAGACAAUAAUGAAGUAAAAGAGAGCGAGAAGGAAGCUACAACAAAGUCAGAUUUUUUAAAGGAGUUGGCAAAUAUUGGUAAACCCGCGCGUAUUUUAAAACGGCGUAAUACCAUGAUGGUACGCGGUAGUUUACCGGAAAUUGAUAGAGAAAAAAUCUUUCCAAAACAAUCUUUGGUAUACGAAGAUAUACAAGGCGCCAAAGAAGCGGAACGGCGUAAACAGCUCGAUGCGCAAUUGCCGAAAAUGAAUAAGUGUCUGGCAGAGAUUUUUCAAAAAACCGAUGAUAACUGCAAGGUCUCUACGCAGAAUAUUAUAACCGGUAAACGACGCACACGCACCAAUGUAAACUUCAAUGAAGUACAGCGCUCGCUGGAGAUAUUUCAACGCAAGCGCCGUAGUAAACCGUUAAAGCAGCCAGCGGAGAAACCGUCACCAAGUACAAGUAAAGCCACACCAAAGGGUAGAAAAGCAGCCGAAGGAAAGUUGGCGAAGAAUGAGACAAGCAGUGAUAAUGUGAGUGAACAAGCUACAAGUGAAGUGGUUACAGAGCAAGUGCCUGUAGUGAAGAUAGAAAAGGCAACAAAGCGCAAAAGAGGUAGGAAAAUAAAGAGUGAACCAGGGGCGGAAGAAGUAGAGACCACCAAAGAAGCAAUCGACAAAGAUGAGGAAAAUACUGCAACAGAAAAGAAAACUAACGAUACAGACGCAACUGAACCAGCAAACGUGACAACAGCACCAACAGGCACAGCAGUAGCAGCCACAGCAGCAGUAAAGGAAAAAUCGCCUAAGCCUGGCGCCAAAAGUGACGCCCUAACCGAUGAUGAUGCGCAAAAGAGACAGCUGCUGGAGAGCUUUGUGCAGGAUAUACUCAAUCCCAAAAAGGACAAAGCACAAAUUUUCAGUCUACUAUCGCUUAUACUUAGUGAAGAUAAUCUGAAAAUCGUAAAAGAGAUAGUUGAAAAUACAGUCGAAAAGAAUGCUAAACAAACUGAAGAGACAAACGAUGAAACGAUUGAAAAUGAAAGCGUCACAUCGGCCAACGCUGACACAAGUAAAAUGAACACAUCCGAUGAAAAGAGUGAAGGUGAAACAUUGCCAAACGUCAUCGCCACGACACCACGCACGGGCAGAGGCAAAAAGAAAAAGAAUGAAUUGGAUCGUCUAAAUGAGGACAUACGCACCAUGUUCAUCAGUCAGGGUGUGUUAACGGCGACCGGCCGACGCAUGUGUACGCUGGUUGCGGCAGCCGAACAAGCAAAUAACACGAACACGAACAGUGGCAGUGACGCGCAACUCGUACAAACGGCGGCAGCGGAACCGGUUGAGGUGAAAACGACGCUGUCAAACGCAGAAGCGCAAAAGGCCACGCCAGCAUUACUACCACGUAUACGUAAAUCAAAAGUCGUCCUGGAGCCAAUAAAUAUACGAGAAUUUCAAAAACCCUUCGAACCAAACGAUGAAGCCUGUGAUAGUGAUGUAAAUAAUGAUGAGGUUAAGUCUGAAAUGUCACCAACACGUAAAAUGCCAAUACUCAAGCCGCAUACACCCAUAAAACAAUCGGAAGUCGAAGAUGACUCUAUCGAUGAAUUAGCUGAGGCGAGUAAGCCAAAGAACAUUAAAUUAGACAUCAAAGUGAAACGAUCCAAACCUGGACCGAAAUGUAGUAAAAAACAUCAGAUUGACACCGUAUCAUCAGACGAUGAUGCAGUUGAUGAUGAGCCAAAUGUUGACCUAAAACCAACCACAAGCGUUGCCACUGUGAAAGAACCCGACGUAUUGAAAAAUACCAAUAAAGAAUGGCACUCACAGUCCAAGUGGGUUAGAUGGUGUGUUUUGUGCGAUAAGAAAAUUUCUUCAUCCACCCACUAUGUACGUUACCAUGGUGAAUUCUAUGCGUCACGCUUAACGCCGGACAUAUUGGAAAAACUGAAAGAGGGCAAAAUAUCCAAACCCUACUUUGGCGUGUUGCAAAAGAAAAUGGUAUAUUGGUCAUAUCGUUGUCCAUUUUGUCUACAACUUAAUCGCACAACGCAGCCCAGCUGGGUGGAGCAUUUAAUUACGCACACUGGUGAAUAUAAUUUUCAAUGUAGUAAUUGUCAUCGUCCUAGUUCGAAGGGGCAUCAACUUGAGAAUCACAUAAAAAAGGAAUGUAAUGGUGCGACUGCAGUGCGUAAGCAUACGAUACCAACUGGUCCGGUGUUGCGUGCACAUGUUUGUCAUCUCUGCGAUUUCAUACAGCUAACUAGACAAGGUAUCGACAUGCAUCUCAUGAAACAGCAUGGUAUUCCGAAUUUGAAAGCCGCCAAACUGGGUUACACAAUAGAUCUCUUGGAUACAAGAGAUGUUGAGAUGGUUGAUUGCGUGAAAGCGUUAGAAUGGGAAAUGCGUAUUAAGAAUGAAGGUUUGGAAAGCAUAGUCAUGGCGAGCAAUGAAAACACCGAUUCCUCACUUGUAGAUGUCACGAAGCAGGGCAACAACAUUUCAACAACAGCCGGUGCCAACGAUGAAAGCAUGGACAGUGAUGAUUUGCCGAUUGCAAAAACUGCUGUGCAAUUGACGCCAAGUACGAAAGCUCAAAAAGCGGCUUUGGAGAAGGCAUCAAAUUCGAAUAUAUUCGUGCCCACGCGUGACACGAACGAUUCGCCUACUAUGAAUAACUUCGCGCAAAGCUUAUUCACAAGUGAGCAACCAGAAAUUGCAAUCAGUAGCGCUGGUACGACAGGCAGCACUGGUGUCGUAUCGAUAGCCGAACGUUUGUGUCAAAAAUUCAAGAAUAUACAAAAGAGCAAGAACAACAUGCCGAGCGAGGUGCCAGCGAUUGUAGAAAGCACUAAAGCCACAGCACCCCUUGUGGUUGAGCAUGAAGUAGAAGCAGUUAAAACUGCAUCAAAUGAAAUAAACCAAAACACAAUGGGGGUUGUAGUUCCGGGAAGUGCCACAGUUACCGAUUUAUUGAAUACAUCAACAGAAACAGCACGCUUUACAAAUGCUGAUGAUAGCACAAGCACAAUGAGCUUGACGCAAGAAUCGGCCACGUCUAAAACCGUGCGUGCACACACUAACUCAUCCGCCGAGGAUGAUGACGACGAUUGGGAAGAUAUCGAAGUUACAGAAUCUGCGCCAGUCAAAGCAAUCGCAGCCAAUUCGACAGCCCCCAACAGCAAUAACAAAAAUAGUAAAACUAAAACUAAGAAUGUAUUGCAUAAGCUAAAUCGGCUUUAUGCCACGAACAAUAAGUUAAAGAAAAGUCUAUCCAUCACGAUCGGUAACAGAAAGAAAGAGGAGAGAAAGGAAUGUUCAGGUAAUAAGAGGGUGUCUAAAGAAAAAGUUGAUAAACCAGCUGUCGCUUCGUCAGCAACAACUGCAUCAGUCUCUGCAACUGCCUCAGAUACGGAGCCAACAGCAGUUACAUCUGUUGUGAAUAUUCCACCUAUAAACACAGUGGCACCUACAGCCACCGUUGAUACUCUACCAACGGUCGCAGUUUCGGGUUUGAUUGAAGCUCCACCCUUAGUCUUACUGCAACCGACCGCUACGACUUCUCCCGCAAUCGCUGCUACAUCACCAGCUCGAUUCACAGUUGCAUUGCCGGCAGCACUCACUGAGCCAGCACCCACCUCAGUUUCCGCACCAACAUUAAUUCCAACUGCAGAUUUCGAGCAAGAGAUAAUGCCUUUGGCAGCUGCGCUUCCAGAAUGUGUGGCACCAAAUCUUGGUUUUCGACCGCUGAUUACUAAUCUCGAUGAUUUAUUGCCCGAUUCACCGUGCAAUGAUCCAAUCGAGCUGGUGCCGGAGUUGACACCCAUGGAAUCGCUGCAAGAUCUCUGUGAUGUCUCAUCCAUACUCAAUUCCGAUUAUAUGUCGGACAAUUGGGUGUCGAAUAUAACGCCCAUUGAUUUAAAUAAUGAUAGCAGCCAACAGGCAAAUAUGCAAGAAGCUUUGGAUUUUGUUAAAGAGCAACAAAGUGUACAAAAUAGUAUUGUUACCUCGAAUAGUUCCACACUGGUCAUACCAUCGAUUCAACGCCUACAAAACAUCGGUUACUCCAAAUCAGCGGAUGAUAACACAUACAAAUUUUAUUGCCUCUCUAAGAAUUGUACAUUCCUCUAUUCGAGUGAGGUUAUCGGACUAGAUACUCAUUUUCGUAUCGAACAUGCGGAAAACACUUGGGAUGGUUAUUGUCACACUUGCAAAGCGAAGGUUGAUGGCAAAGAUGAUAUCGUGGAAACAAAGCUGCCACUAUCCGCCGAACUGAAUCAUAUGCGUUCAAAACAUUUGGCCACAAUAAGUGCCACUACUUUACCAGUUGUCGACGAGUUGAAACAACCCUCCAAAUCGAACUCACCCGCACUGGACGAGGAUAGACCACGCAUUAAGAUUAGACGCUUGACUGGUGAUUGUUUGUCCAGCACUCCAACGCCAACUUCAGCCCAAAACACAAAGUCGGUGCCGAUAUUUGAUGAAAAUGCUCAGCUUGUCGGAUUGGCACACGUAGAACCAUGCACCGUACCAACGGUUGCAACUUCGUUCCUGAACAAGAUAUCAGCAAGUGUUGAGCAGCCGAUUGAAAAUAGACAUUUCGAAAAUAUCGGCACGAAAGAGCCAUUUACAACCGUACCAAACGCCGUCACCUCCACGCAAACAUCAACAAUAACAACGACUCCAUGUCAAUUACAAAUAGCCAGUGUGGUUAGUUUACAAGACCAAAAUAAUCCGCAAGCAGUCACACCUGCUGUGCCCCUACCGGUAAUCUCAAAUGUGUGCAGCUUAAAUGCUCGUUCCGUGUCAUCGCCAAUCAGUAAUACCGGCGCACUUUGGGCCCAGCAUAUAGCCGAAGAGCGUGCGGAAUUGGAAUCUUCGGCAGCUGAUUCUCUAGAGGUAUCACGCAUACUUUCCAAUGCAAGUAAAACUGCAACGCCAUUGCGAAGUAAAGACGUCCCUGCAACCAAAGCUAGUGUGAGUGAAUCACCUGAACCAGAAGUUGUUGCCGAAACUGUAGCUAUGGCACAAGCCACUUCUGGUAAUUUCCUCAUAACCCAAACAAUGUCGGCACAAUACGAAGAGGGUCGUCUAGGUUUCAAUAUAUCGAUUGCGAACAAUCCAACAGCACGUUUAAGUCGUUCGGAUUCGAGCAGCAGUGCGAGCACUUCAUCCGCUGCAUUGUCUACGGUGCCACAAUUCAAAUGCAUGGCAAAUGGUUGUAAAUACCAGACGCGUCUGCCGGUAGCCAUGGGCGAUCAUUUGCGCUUUCAUGAUCGUCAAAAUUUCAGCGCACAACGUGAAUAUCUACGCUGCUCUUUGUGUUCAUAUCUAGCUAAGGAUUUAGAUGAUCUCAUGCAGCACACCGAUAAAGAGCAUGGACUACUGAUGGGUAAUGAUCCGGAUAUAGAUGCGAUCAGGGACAUACUACGUAGCACAGACAGCAAUGGUAGUUCAGUCGGAAAUAAUGUUGGGGAAGAGACGGUUCUGUCAUUUACGCCAGAAACAUGGGAGACCGCUUUGAAGGAGCUCGUCACACCAACUGGUGUACCAGACGCAAAACUUUUCCGCUGUACCAUUGAGGAUUGCAAAACCAAAUUAACCGAGGCCAGUUACUACUCACAUGUUGUUUAUCAUUUAUCCACACUUGGCCACACUAAUGUUAACACCCAUGUUUAUAAGUGUCCCCAUUGUAAGAGUAGCUUUAAUAAGCCGCAAAAGAUUAAGGCACAUAUAAAAACACAUGGUAUACAUAAAUAUUUCUGUUAUGUGUGUACGGUUACCACAGUUAAUCUCGAUCAAAUGUACAAGCAUUACGAGCAACAUUGGCGUGGUAAAAAGUUGCGUAACACAGCGUUGCCAACUAAAGCAAUAGAUAAGAAAAACUGGAAUUUCCAUGUGGUGCACACAACUGUACUUACUAAAUAUGAAAUCGAUCAAUUUCGUGAAAAAUUAGUCGAUAAAUGGAAGAAUAAAAAAUCAAGUUUACGCACACAUUUCAAACCGAGUGAAAUCACACUAUUGCCAUUGACGCCAAUUUUUGCGAAAGAUUUAAAUUGUGCCGUUUGUCCGUAUAAAACAAAGGUACGCACAAAUUUAAUGCGUCAUCUGCAAAUGCACACCGAUGAUAAUAAUGGUGGCGGUAUACAGCAUGUAGCUAAUGUCGAUCCAAUUAAUCCAGUGCCAUGUUUAAAUUCAAGUGAGAAACAUUUUGAUAAAAUGACCAAUUUAGCUUCAUCCUCAUUGGUUGUGGCUAGUACUUCGGCAAAUGCGACAAAUACAGCAAAUGGCGGUAGCAAUACGAACGGUAAAGGUGGUAAAUUACCAUACGAUUAUGUGCCCGAUACGAAACGUUAUACAUGUGGCGUCAACAAUUGUCAAUAUCUAACAAUAUCGGAUGACAUAUUUCGCCAUCACUUGAAUGCUCUACAUAGCGAUAUAUCAUUUUACAAUUGUCCACAUUGCAAAGAGGAGAUCUGUAAACGGAAUUUGUCAAUUGAGCGUGUACUAAAUCAUUUACGUUUUCAUGGACCAAAAUUGUAUCAAUGUGAAAUGUGUGGAUAUUUACAUUAUAUGAAAACCGUUGUCGAACGGCAUACACGACAACACGAUGUACAGCCGCCGCAAACAGUGAAGGUGACCGAGUACGAUCGUACCAAAGACAAUGCAGCAAAACAAAUCGAUAACAUUACUGCACCCACAUCGUCAGCUCAAUCAAUCGCUAAGCCAACGGAUACACAAAAAUUAAAAACUAAACAAAAAUGGGCGUGCAAUUUGUGCGGUCACAAAGCAAUGACACAACAGCAAAUAAUUGCUCAUGCAUUAUCACAACAUUCCUGUAAAAAUCAAUAUCAAUGUAUGCAUUGCACAUUCAAUGCAGCACAAUUAGUGCAAAUAAUGACGCAUAUUGAUGAGAAGCAUGCGGGUAAAAAGCGUGAAGCGCGUUAUGUAUAUACGAAAAUAGAAGGUGCAGAUGAUAGUAGUACGCCACUAAAUGAAAUUGAUACGCGUCCGCUGUGGAUGCGUGACGAUCCAAAACGUAUACGUCACAUUCGUGGUAUACUAAUGGAGGAUGAAGAGGAAUCGGAACGUUAUCGUAAACGUUUACGUUUAGAUGAUAAUGAUGAUGGGGUGGAGGAAAAUAGUGAAGGCGAUGAGAAUGUAAAUUUAAAUCUUUUCGGAUUUUUAUGCUACUAUUGUAAUGCACAAUUCACAAGCCAUGAGGAGCUGCGUGAACAACAUUGGCAGUCCGGGGCUUGUACGAAAUUUGAUGUGAAAAAACCUUUUCGAUUUCGUAUUUGCACACAACUCAAAUGUCCACAAUGCCUCUCAUUUGUAGGCAACAGUCUACAAUUGCUAGCACAUAUGAAGGAGUUGCACAAAUUCACAAGUUACAUGACUGCAGACCCGAAUGCAACCGCAGCUGGCUUAACCUGCGGUCACUGUGUAUAUCGCGGCCCAACAUUGAGGCAUCUAAUGCAACAUAGUAGCCGGGUGCAUCACAAACCUUUAGAUCUGAAGAGUAUAACACUUCCACAGUUGGAAAAAUUAAAAUCACUCGGUGCGCCUUUAUCUUAUGUACAAUGUCUCAGUUGUAUGGAAUUGUUUGCCAAUCGUGCCUGCUUCUAUGAUCACGCGCAGCAGCGUACCAAUGAGUGUACGACGAAAAUGCAGGAGAUAAGUAAUAAACUAAUAUAUGCCUGUUCCUUUUGUCCAUACAAGUCGCAACAGGAAAUGGCAGUGCUGCGACACAUGAUCGAUCAUUAUAGCGGAUUUAAACGUUGCUGCUUCUGCAAAGAGCCACAAACGACAUUUAAUGGUUACAUGCAACACUGUUACUCAGAUCAUCGCGAACAGAUUAAGAAUUUCUGUUCAAUCUAUACAAUUGUUGAUAUUAGUAAAUUUCUACAACAGCUUUUGUUAAUCUUUCCCAAUGGCUUGACACUUGACUUGUACAACUUACGUUUGACACCGAGUUUAAGAGAGUAUGGCAACAAGCAUAUCAAAUUGCUUUAUGAUGAAAUACAAAAGACGUCACAACAACCGCCAAUACCGCGCCUAUCACUCGGACGUUUGGUGGCGUUAAAAUUUAAUGAAGAAAAAAUGUCUGCAUCAAAUGGCGUAGAGAACGCAAUGACAACAACAACUGCAACAACGGCGUGCAAACAGGCCGCAUCCGCUUCAACAGCAGCUGCUUUACAGCUAGCAGGCAAUAGUGUCAAGCCACUGACACAAACAUCUGCCCCGCAAAGAAUUAUGAAACGACGCAUCACAAUUGCAAUGGGCAGAGAUGAUUCACCAAUGGCACGUUUCUCCAUGGAUGCUGCCAGCAGUGACUUAUUUAAUGGGAAAAAGCGUAAAACAUUGCGUCACAACUUUGACCAACUACCGCCGCCACCACCACGACUGGCUCCUCUUGGCAUUAGUACAGCUACGCAAAAUGUGAAUGUUAAUCCGCCUGCGCUGGUGGAUAACAUGACAGAUAGUGAGCCCUUAAGUGUUAGCGACAAUGAAGUAACGUCUGAACUGAAAGUGCCACCAUUUAGCUAUUAUGGUCAAACGCCAGUGCCAAUCGAUUUGAGUAAAGUAUUCAUUAAGAUUGCCGCCGGAGACGCGGUGGAGACGCGUGUCAAUAUAUCUAAAUUCAAGUUGCUUUACAACAUAACGCCACGUGUGUUGGUGACGCCAACCGAUAUGACAAAUUAUCGUAAAACAGCCGCGGUGAAGAGGAAAACAAUCAAGCCAUGUCCGGCGAGUCAUAAAAUAAGGUACAGCUGAAUGAUAUGAAAUCUUAUGCUAUGGCAAGCAAAUGAAAAAUAAAUCGAUAACAAUCGAUAGAUAGUGCGAUUCUUAUUUCGUGAUAUUUAAAAGCAGUCAACAUUUUGACUAUGCUGAAUUAUUAAAAUAAUUAACAAAAGUGCAUAAUUGAAUUAGUAAUCGUGUGCACGUGUAUGUAUUGCGAGGUUCACACAUACACAUAUGAAUAGUAUAAAAAAAAGUAUAGAACUGUUUCCAAAAAAAAGAAUAAAUACUCUAAGAAAGCUACUUUAGU